AUAAACUAGUCAAGAAACUAUAAGUGCGGUUUAUUAUGCUCUUUUUUUUUUCUCUCAGUUUUAUCGCUGGUUUAUUGACUGGAAAAUGGUCAUCGGAAAUUAUUUCGUUUAUUUAUUACUUCUUGCUGUUAGUGGAUGUCUAUGCCAACAUAAAAAUCAAAUACGUAUCGGGGUAUUUUUUAAUGCCGAUCAAAAAAAUAUUACUUACUGGGAUGCGAUUAAAGAACUGCUACCUGAAACGGUGGAACUCGUAACGUCACCGAAUGAAAUUGAGAUUGUACCGGAAAAUGACGCUUUUAGUACACAAAAACAAUUUUGUAACUUCAUCCAGAAAACAAAAAACGAAAGACUUAUGGCAGUAAUCGGACCAAAAUCCUUAACAGCCUCCACCAUGAUUGAGUCCAUUUGCGAACACUUGGCUGUGCCAUAUAUUUCCACCUCACCAAAGCCUCCUUCGGUAAAAGAAACCCCUUAUAGCAUAAGCUUAUAUCCAGAGUUUCGAAUGCUAUCCAAAGCUCUAGCGAAAAUAGUAGAAUCUUUUGACUGGACUUCGUUUAUCAUCCUCUAUGAAGACGAGGAAGGAUUGCUAAAGCUUCAAGAUGUGAUGAAACUGACUCAUAAAAAUAAAGAGGCAAAAAAUGAACAUAAAUUCUUUAAGCUCAUCAUAGGGGGAGACAAUAGGCAAGCGUUAAAAAUGGUGAGAAACUCCAACAUCAACUGGAUCAUACUUGAUUGUCACGUGGACAGAAUCGCCAGCUAUUUUGAAGAAGCUAGAAAUGUUGACUUAUUAAGUGACUUAUCCAGAAGUUUCUUUUUGACUUCUUUGGAUGCCCACACAAUGGACUACACGCAAUUCAUCAAAGAACUAAACAUAACUACUAUAAGACUGUUUAAUCCAGCCCAUCCAGUUUUUAAUAGGGUUGCAUCUAGAUACUUUGAUUCUCCAAAGAUUUCUUUAAACAAUAUAACGGUUGAACAAGCCUUAGUGUUAGACGCAAUGCUUCUGAUAGGAGAAACCGUUAACCAACUGAAAGCCCAGAAUAAAUAUUUGAGUCCUAGAAGGAUCAGUUGCCACUCCAACUCGAGAUACCAAGACAGUCUGAGCAUUAUACAAGAAAUGCAAGAAGUGCAACUUAACGAAGUCCUAACAGGAUCCAAAUUAUCUUUUGCAAGUGGCAGUAGGGACGAAUUUACUUUGCAAGUGAUUGAACUUAAUUCUAAGGACAGUCCAAUAGCAAUCUGGAACUCAGAAGAUCCGGAUAAUAUUGAAUUGACCAGGAACGAGACUGAACGGGAAGCUGAGUUCAAAAGAAGAAUAGCAGAACAUAAUUUUAUUGUAUCUUCCAGGAUAUUGGAGCCAUACUUGAUGGAGGAUCCUAAUCCUGAUGCCUACAAAAAUGCCAAAUAUUACGGAUACUGCAUGGAUCUGAUGACGGAAAUUUCAAAAAUUGCUAAUCUGAGUUUCGAGUUUAGGAUCACCAAGGAUAACAGUCCUGCUAACGUGGUUAACGAUUUAGUCGAGAGGAGGGCCGAUUUGGGCAUCAUGGACUUCACCAUCACCCCUCAAAGGAGAGAAGUGAUUGAUUUCAGCUUAUCGUUCAUGAAACUCGGAAUUGGCAUUUUGCACCAAAAACCAAUCCCGGAAGAAAGCAACAAUAAAUACGCCUUCAUGAGACCAAUCUCUUGGACUGUGUGGUUCUACAUUUGGACUUUAAGUUUGAUCAACUCGAUCACGAUGUUUUUUGUAGCAAGAAUGGCUCCAGCUGAAUGGGAGAACCCUAAACCGUGGGAUCCAGAAUCGAAGGAACUGGAAAACAUCUGGACGGUGAAAAACUUUUUGUGGUUAUGCUUGGGGUCUAUUACCGCUCAGGGUUGUGACAUUUUGCCAAAGUCAGUUCCAGCACGUGUUAUAGGAGGUUCUUGGUGGUUUUUCGCCCUUAUUAUUAUAAGUUCGUAUACGGCCAAUUUGGCAGCUUUUUUAACCUACGAGAAGCAGGAUGUUGUUAUUGAUAGUGUGGAGGAAUUGGCCGCACAAAGCAAAAUUAAAUAUGGUCUAAUGUCAAAAGGUUCAACGGAACAGUUUUUCUCAUCGAGCAACGACUCUCUUUAUGGCAGAUUAUGGAACAACAUGAAAAACGAAAAACCUUCUGUGUUUGAAACUGACAAUCCAUCUGGAGUAGAAAGGGUAAAAGUAACGAAAAAGGGUCUCUACGCGUUUUUUAUGGAAUCAACCGGAAUCGAAUAUGAACUUGGCAAAAGUUGUAAUCUAAGAAAAAUUGGUGGUUUACUGGAUUCCAAGUCCUAUGGAAUCGGAAUGCCUUUAAAUGCCCCAUAUAGAAACAUGAUCAAUCAUGCCAUCUUAACAUUACAAGAAAGUGGUAAGUUGCAACAAAUAAAGAACAAGUGGUGGAAGGAAAUGGUAAGGGGAGAGCCUUGUCCAGAGGACCCAAAACAAUCUGCAUCACUAGCACUUUCCAAUGUGGGAGGCAUAUUCGACGUACUCGGAAUAGGAAUAGGCAUAGCAUAUGCAAUUGCCGUCAUAGAAUUUCUAUGGAACGUACGACAGUUAUCUAUUGAGGAACAUUUGUCUUAUAUGGAAACCUUGAAAUGUGAGAUUAAGUUCGCUUGCAAUAUAUUUCAAAAGAAGAAAAGAGCUAAACCAGUACCAUCAGAAUCAUCGUCAUCCAAGAGCUCCUUGUCUGAUCAGCAUGAAAAAAUCAGCAUUGCUAGGAGCAUUUUUAGUAAAUCAGCUUCUCUACUAAACUUAAGCACCCACGAUGAGCACAGACCAGAUGCUUCACAAGUGAGGCAAAGAAGCAGAUCCAAAGUCUCUAAUAACCAUUUAAGAGUUUCUUAAUAUAUCAUUCAAAAAGUAAUAGAA